AUGGAGGCCUUGCAUAACCAGCUAAAUGCUGGGGAGACGUCCGGAGGUGAAGAUCAACCUCAGAGUACAUCUCCCUCAGAAGGCUGCUCCUCUCAGCCCUCAGCCUCCCAACAAAGCAAGCCAGCGCAGGACGCAGACUCUGAGCAACAUCGCCAUGGAACCCCAUCCAAACCGCCUAGACGCCAGCAUCUGGAGAGGAAACGCUUGCGGCUCCAGAGAAGACAAGCUCAGGAUGCAGGCUCUCUUAAGGAUGACAAGCUCACAAGGAAGACGAACGAUGCCGGGCCGUUUCCAGGCAACGAGAGCGGGAGUUCCGUCCAGGACUCCACGGAUGCUCCCGUUCCUUCUUCAAGCAGUUCGGCUCCAUCCCACGGGACAGAGGAGGCACAGGAGGGCAUGCCGAAGCAGAAACGUGAGCGCAAGCCGCAGAAGCCCGGGAAGUAUGUGUGCAGCUACUGCGGUCGAGCUUGUGCCAAACCUAGCGUGCUCCAGAAACACAUUCGCUCCCACACCGGCGAGAGGCCUUAUCCUUGCGCCCCUUGCGGCUUCUCCUUCAAGACCAAGAGCAACCUGUACAAGCACCGCAAAUCACACACUCACAGGGUCAAAGCUGGGCUGGCUCCAGCAAGCAAAGAAGAACCAGCUAUGAGCGGCCAAGAAGAACCCUUAACUGAUUCGGAAGAUGAGUCUAACCAGUCGGCGUCAACCAGCUCGGCAAAGAAACAGGAAACGUUGACACCACUAGCAUCGUACGGUGCUGAGUUGCGCUCUACUGAGCAAUCCCAGGGCCUUGGAGACUCCCAUGCUGUUAAAAAGAGACUUGCGAUGAGGCUGAGCAAGACCAAGCAAGCUCCACCAGCGGGCUCGUCGGAUGACGUCUCCUCUUCACUGGUCUUGGGAAGUCGUGGGAGCACUGAGUCGGGCUACUUCUCUCGUUCAGAGAGCACUGAGCAGUCUCAAGACAGCCCUCCAAACUCCAGUGCUAAAAGCUACGCUGAAAUCAUCCUUGGCAAGUAUGGGCGCCUCGGACAUCUGCAGAGGGCUUCCCGUAACCAGCAGCAACAGUCUGGCGGGCAAGACGGCAAGGGCAUCCCUUUCACGCUUCCCAAAAAGCAAGUCAUUGACCACAUCACAAAGCUCAUCACCAUCAACGAGGCUGUGGUAGACACCAGUAAGAUUGACAGUGUCAAGCCUAGACGCUUCUCCCUCUCUAGGCGAAGCAGUUCAGAGUCAGCCAAGGCUUCUGCUCUUAAAGAACCCCUUGUGCAGUGCCCUAAAGUGACUGAGGCUUGUUCCAAGGCAAGUGGGUCUAUUACUCUUGGUGUUCCGUGUCAGAAAUUCCAGCAACAGAGCCUAAAUAUUGAACAGUCCUCCAGCCAAGCCUCUGCAGCACCACUUUUGAGGAGUCUUUCAGUCCCCUCGGCCUCUCCUGCUAGCGCGAGUGAUGCUCCCCGCCACCUGAGGCUCAGCCAAUCAUUUGAUGAGCAGCCGCCUACCCAGAUGAAUCGGCGCCAUGCCUUGCUUCGCCGCCAACCAGCCAUUGAGCUGCCCAUUGGCUGUGAUUUUACCCCUGAAAAGUCACCCAUGACAUCCUCCGUGCCAUACCACCAAGACAUGCUCAGCUUGCCUCAUCAAAAACCAAGGCCCCUUCAACCAUACGAGUGUGAAGAGUGUGGAACCGGCUGCAAAGAUUGGGAGAGUUACAAGAAGCACAGGAGGCAAACGUGCAACGUGCACCAAAAGCAGAAGGUGGAGGCAGUUUCUGUGCAGGUGGAGAAUCCUACAAGGAUGCACUUCAUGAGCAGGCCAGGGGCUUUAGUAAUGCGAAAGAGAAGGAAAGAGGACAGUCUCGAGCUUGAUGAUCCCUGUUCCUCAAUGGCCUUGUCCUCUGCAUCUGGGACAAGCCCUGGAAUUGAAGGAGACCUGACCAACAAGGCUUACGAAGGACCUAAUGUAGGAAACAUUGGAUUAAUGCUGGAGAAAGACCCUGAGAGGCCUUUGAAGGGGAUAUCAGUGAUCCAACAUACAAGUUCAUUUGAGAAGCAAGAGGGUAAUCUGUUUGUGAAAAGUAAAGUAAAAGAUGAACUAGAUAAAUGUGCCUCCUAUGAGAUGCACCAUUCACCAUCAACUCAGUCAUCAGAGCACCAGUCAUCAAAACCAAGCUUUCGGAAGUUAAUGCGCCAGCAUAAUGUCCUAGUGCCAGAGAUCCUAGUCACGGAGGAUACAAACACCACGCCGAUAUCUCUGUCCGCGACAGUUUCCAUUGCCAAAGAGGCUGAAAAGACAGACGAGUUCCAGUGGCCCCAAAGAAGCUCGACACUGGCCCAGCUUCCCAUUGAGAAGCUGCCCCCGAAAAAGAAGCGUCUUCGGUUGGCAGAAGCUGCCCAGUCCUCUGGGGAGUCCAGCUUUGAAUCUCUGUCCCUUCCUCCUCGCAGUCCAGGUCAAGACAGCAACAUGUCGCACUUGUCUAGCUGUUCUGCAUUGUUUGAAGACUCGGGGAAACUGACCAACGUGGAGAUGACUUCUGGUCGGAGAUCCAGAGCAACUCACACAUUAGCCGUUCCUGCUAGUUCUCACCACCACCACCACCACCACAGGGAGAUGAGGCGCUCGGCUUCGGAGCAAGCACCUCAUGUUCCGCAGCAGUGCACCCCGAUUUCAGAAGUCCGUAGCAAGUCCUUUGACUACAGCGCCCUGUCUCCUGAUCGCACUCCAGCUGGCUGGAAGGAAAGGCGCAAAUGCCUCCUCUUGAGGCACACCACAGUACGGGAUCCAGACGAUGAGGAACCACCCAGCCAGCAAAUGCCAACUGUUAGCAUACCAAGUGUUAGCAUGUCAAGUUUUUGCACGGCUAGUGUUCCAUCCAGCUCCCACAUGAAGUUAAGUCCAGGACCCUCUGAGGCCCCAUGCACCCCCACAUCCUAUAAUACAUCUCCUGUUCACACUCAUUGCCAAGAAUCACCAGCGCUAUGGCAACAAGAUCCACCUCACCAGCUACGCAACUUGCCAGAGGUGGCACUAAGUCAGUGCUCAGCAGAUCACAAAGUGCAGCAAGCAGCGCCUGUUGUUUACAUGGGACUAGAGGGCAUUCAGCUGGGCUCUGCCCGUGCCACCCAGGGCCCCUCUGGAGCAGCACGAGCCCACUACUCUCCUGGGUCCUCACGUCUCAAGCUGGAGAUACCCACUAGGGACCCAGCCGAGGAGUCGGAGCCGAGAGGAGUGUUCUCGUCCCAGGUGCCCACCCGUCCAUUCCAACACCAGCGUGUUUACUUCACCAUCACCCCUGAAGCAGAGCCACUGAGACCUGCUGGGAUGCAGACAACGGUGGCGGUUCGAGUCCAGGGGGACAUCCCAGCCCACGCCAGUGCCAUUUACACCACGCACUCUCAUCAUGCAGUUACUAAACCUCAGGAGCUUAGUUCAAGUGCAAACCGAAAUGUGACCUUAGAUGUGACGACUGUGCCGAGUUUAGAUCACAGUAGUAGUCUACUAACCCCAGUAGGUUCCGCAGGAAACAAACGGAUGCUGUCUCCGUCAAAUAGCCUGGAGCUCUGCCCCGAAAUGCGACAGCAGCAGAAACGAGUGAAAGAGGAAAACAAGGAGGAGGAAGAGGAAGCAGAAGAACGGGACGACACCAAAGAGGGUGGCGACGGGCAGCUUUCAAUCCGGGUUGAACCCGAGCAAGCAAUAGCAGAGUCAGCCGGCAGUCACAGAAGCACCCAGAGCCUUUCCUCCCCCAGCAGCAGCACCACCACCAACACCAACACCAACACCAACAUCAACAACAACAAUAACAAUAACAACAAAGAGAUGUCGAUGCCUACGCUUCACGCGGAGCCCGAGUACAGCUGGUGCUAUCUCAACUAUGCCAAGCCAAGCCCGUCCCCCCAGAACGACCACCAGGCCUCGGUGUAUUCCUCCUGGUCCACCAGUGCCUACAACCCCAACCCUCCGGGGCUCAGCAGCAAGCAGGUCCUCGCGCAGCUCCACUGCAAGCAGGGGCACUCCUCCUCCAUCACCUACACCAUGGCCCCAAUGUCACCCCCGGGGGAGGAGGAGGGGAAGAAGAAGGAGAAGGAAGAGCCGGUGGCAGACCCUGGGAAGCCAAGCGUGUCUGAGGUCCAUGCCACUCGGCACACAUGUCCCACUGAGGAGAGGGCAGUCUGGUCAACAGAGGAUGUGAAGAAAGAGGAGGAGGAAGAUGAGGAGGAGGAGGAGAGGAAGAGAGAGAGGGAGAGAUCAGAGCUAACCUCUAAACAUACUGAGCCUCCUCGUGUUCGGAUCUGUGAAGGAGGGUAUCGGUCGAAUGAGGAGUACGUGUACGUGCGCGGGCGUGGGAGGGGCAGGUACGUGUGUGAGGAGUGCGGCAUCCGCUGUAAGAAGCCCAGCACGCUUCGCAAACACAUCCGACUGCACACCGACCAGCGACCCUUCAUCUGCCAGCACUGCAACUUUGCCUUCAAAACCAAAGGGAACCUCACCAAACACAUGAAGUCCAAGGCCCAUGGGAAGAAGUGCCAUGAAGAAAGCGUGCCCAACUCCACAUCUGAUGGGCCUGAGAUGGGGGAAGAAGGUGGCAGUGAUGGUUGCCCAGUCAGGACAGAGGCACUCGAACACCAGUUCUCUGAUGCUGAGGACACGGAGGGAGAAGAUGAGGAGGAGGAAGAGGAUGAUGAUGAUGAUGAUGGAGACGAUGAAGAGUACGAAGAUGCAGAGGACCAGCCAAAAGAGGUUCGUCCAGAUGUGCAGCGUGGACAACUCAUCACUGCCCACUUGGCAUCAUCAUCAUCAAAAUCAUCAUCAUCAUCAUCAUCACCCACCCCUGCUGGAGAUGCCACCCAGAUGGUCGCUGGUCCCUCUGACCCUCACCGAGAGCGGCAUCCUCUACCCAGCAUGCACUCCUCCUUGGCAGGCGCGGUGACGGUCACGGUCCCUCGGCCUCAACCGGAGCCCCGCAGCGGCAGCUGCUCGUCCCCCAUCCUGAGCCUGUCGCCGGGCCGCUGCCUGUCCCCGGCCCUGCCCCAGUCCCUCUCCCUGUCCCGCUGCUGCUCCCCGCGGAGAGAGGCCUCCUGCGGCCCCUGUGCCUGCCCACAGCUCUCCCCCUCUCAGCGCCUCCCCCUCUCGCCCUCUCCGUCGGGUCAGGUGUCUCCGGGCAGAUGUCCGCUGUCGCCCUCUGGAUGUCAGCGGUCCCCUGGAAGGGACUCGGCGGCUCCCGUUCCCCAGUCGGCCUGCAGCUCCACUGGGUGUCCAGGCUCCGGUGCCGCCUCUCCCACCUCCAUCUCUGGUUCCUCCUCUCCACACAGGACACCCAAGACAAGAUACGAAGCAUCCCCUGGUGGGGUGGGCUGUGUGGCUGUGCAGGAGAGGUGUUGUCCCCAGGAGGAAGUGAUGCACCUGCCACCAUCCCAACUCUCUGUCCUCCGUAACCAGCACCGCCACCACCACCACCCAGCCCGGACCGCCACCACAAUCUCACCCGCUGCUCUGCCCAGCGAGGGCUGCUGCCUCCUCAGCCACCUGCCCCUCCACUCCCAGCCUCCAGCCCGGAGCCCGAGCCUGCUCAUCCCCAUUGGCGGGAUCCACAUGGUGCAGGCCAAGGGCAGCUACCAGCGCCUAGGCCCAGCUGUGAGCCCCGCUCUGGGCCGCACGGGAGCUGAGGAGCCGCCAUCACGCUGGAGCCCCAGAGCGACGAUGGCACCAGCGGCAGCGGUGGGUCGGCCCAGUCCGAAAGGCGCUGGACCCAGACACGGCCAACUGUGCAGUUCAGCCAAUCACAGGAGCCGAGAGGCUGAGGAACCCACCGCCGGCCAAUCAGAACUGGCGUUGUUGAACAGGGAAGGAAGGCCCGGCGUGUGUGUGAAGAGUCGGGAGGACACAACGUUCCAGGGAGAGGAGAGCUCGACGCAAACGCCCGGUUGUGCGUCUAGGGCUCAGCACACACACUCACACGCACACACGCACACAAACACACACACUGUCCCAGACAAGCACCUUAAUUGCACAUACUAACACAGAGAUAGAGAUUAAGGAUGGCAAUCCAACAGACUAAAGAAAAUGACAAAUUUAGAUAGAACUGGAAACACAGCUUCUCUGCCCUAGAGAAUGUACCAAGACUUCUGCAGAGGCCGAGGACAAGUGCAAAUGGAAGGAUCUUACUCCUGUUCCCCAUUCCCACAAAGCACUUACAGCAGCUUGUCUCUCUACGUGUUAUAUACCUGCUGUAUAUAGAUCCAUGUAUACGUUAUAUGAAUAUACUUAUAUGUUUUUAUAUGGAUUUUAUAUGGUAUACUACAUGCAUAAUGUAAUUGCUGCACAUGUGUUUGUACCUCUUUGCUAUUUCUCACUUUCAAUCGCUGGAACAAUAUAAAUAUAUAUGCAUAUAUAUAUAUUAUAUA